AUGGAAGUAAAACAGAUUGCAAUCAUUGGUGCUGGUGUCAGUGGACUGGGAGCCAUUAAGAGCUGCUUGGAGGAAGGACUUGAACCUACUUGNUUUGAAAAGAGCAAUGACAUUGGAGGUCUGUGGAGAUACAAGGAGACACCAGAAAACGGAAGGCCUGGGAUAUACAAAUCUUUAACCUGCAAUACAUCCAAGGAGAUGACAGCCUUCAGCGACUACCCCAUCCCUGAUCAUUUCCCCAUCUACAUGCACCACUCAAAAAUGAUGGAGUAUCUCAGGAUGUAUGCCAGGCACUUCAGGCUCAUGAAACACAUACAGUUCCAGACAAAUGUGUGCAGUAUAAAGAAACGCCCUGACUUUUCAUCCUCUGGUCAAUGGGACGUGGUAGUAGAGACCGAGGAGAUGCAGAAAACCUACAUAUUUGAUGGGAUAAUGGUUUGCAGUGGUCACUACACUGAGAAGUACUUUCCUUUACAAGACUUUGAAGGUAUCUCUCUAAUGUGUGUUUUCCUCAGCACAAGACAAGGGGCAACGAUAUGGAAUCGAGUUUGGGACCAUGGGGAUCCCAUGGACACCACAGUCUUAACUCGUUAUAAUAGAGCUGUACAAAAGUUCUGCCCCAGAUAUAUAAACAACAGACAGAUGGAGAAGAAAUUAAAUGAAAGGUUUAAUCAUGCCAAUUACGGGCUGCUGCCUCCACAAAGAAUUCUUGAGCAGCGAACAGUUUUGAGUGAUGACCUGCCAAAUCGCAUCAUUGUUGGAAAAGUGAAGAUAAAACCAAAUGUUAAAGAGUUCACCUCAACAUCGGCCAUCUUUGAGGAUGGAACCAAGGAGAACAUAGAUGUUGUCAUCUUUGCCACAGGCUAUAAAUUGUCAUUCCCUUUCUUGAGCGAUGACUCAGGAGUCCUAGACAACCAGUACUCCAUGUUUAAAUAUGUCUUCCCUCCUGAGCUAGAGAAGCCAACUCUGGCUUUCAUUGGCAUCCUCCAACCAGCUGGAGCCAUUCUCCCCACAAGUGAGCUCCAGAGCCGAUGGGUUGUGCACGUGUUCAAAGGAUUACAAAAGUUGCCCUUAAGGAGAGCCAUGAUAGCUGACAUCAACAGAAAGAAACAAAUAAUGGCCAAAGACUCUAAGAAAAGUCUCCAAGACCAUCGCCGAGUAACAUUCAUUGACUACAUGGACGAAAUUGCUUCUGAGAUAGGUGUCAAACCCAACCUGCUCUCUCUCCUCCUCUGGGAUACAAAACUGGCUAAGGAAGUGUUCUGUGGUCCUUGCACCUCCUACCAGUACCGUCUACAGGGGCCAGGGAAAUGGCAUGGGGCUCGGGCAGCCAUCCUCACUCAGAGAGAAAGGAUGCUCAAACCCCUGAGAACCCGUGUGGUCAAACAAUCUCACCUCUCUCAUCUGUCCUGGGUCAAAAGUGCUUGUGUUGUCGUUUUUUUCUUUAUUUCCGUAUUAGUUAUCAUGCCUAUCACAAGUCACUAA